CAGUUUCGUGGUGAAAUUGGAAGCGAAUGGUUGUACUGUCGUUCGCUGUUACUGCACACGCAUAGUUAUAGCAUUGUGUUUGAAACUUGUGUUCGAUUUGUAACCGAAACCGAAACAUUCAACGGAAAUUUAUAAUAAAACCUGAAUGAAAGAAACAGAAAUUAAACACAAAAAUCAAAAUUAAAGAAGGAAAUAAAGGUGAAUAAUAUUUACACAGAAAUAAAGAGAGUAACUUGGACACGCAAAGAGCGACAAGAAAAAAAAGAAACGAAAUCUUGAAAUUAAACAUAAAAAAAAGAAGAAAAUAGUCUCAUUUGGAAAUGGAAUAUACUUGUGCCAAGAGAAUUGAGUGCGUGUGUGAACAUUGUGAGUUUUGUGUUGGAAACGAGCAAGUGAGAGACAAGACAUGGCAAAAAAUGAAAUGAACAAAACUCGACUGCUUUUGGAAUGUGUGAUCGUCAGCAUUGAAUUGAAUUGAAAUCAUCGUCCGGGCAAAUUACACACCGAGAAAGAGAGAGAGUGACCUAGCAGCUAAAGUCAAGUGGCAAUGUUGCGACAUGAACACUCAUUGUUUAAUUGACCAAAUCAAAUUAUAAGUGAUUCGUGAAAUUCUCAAAGCAGAAAAAAGAUAGAAAAAAAAACGUAAAAGAGAAAUUGAACUGUUUGACCCCAAGGAAAAAACGAAAAAAAAAACAUUUCAAGUAAAAAAAGUACCAACAAGAGCCAAAACAAAACAAAAAAUUAAAUGAUGUGCAAAAAAUGGCAAUCGAUUAUAUUAUUGGCGCUCUUCAAUUACUAUCAACGGCUGUAAAUGUAUUAGCGCUCGGUUCAUUUUGGAUAACACCCGGUCUACGAACAACGGCCAAUCGUUUUGUAAUCAAUUUGCUGAUCGUAAAUAUUGUUGGUUGUUUGGCAUUAACGCCUGCACUCUGGCUGCAUGGUGGACUUAUACGAACGGUUUACAGUGAAACCCAUCAAGUUCAUGAUAAUGCGGAGGCAUUCACCAGACCUGCAACGCCAUUGAGCACACUACAAAAUCACAUUGAAUUGAUAGCAACCGUUAAACCAUCGACCUUUGUCAAAAUAUUUGCCACUGAGCGAAUAUUUGACGAUAAUUACGAUGAAGAAAUUUUUGCUGAUAUUCGAGAGGAUACGAUUCAACCGAAUCGCACGACGCACAAUAAAACCGCCGCCACCAACGAAACAUGGUCACCAACGAAGAACAUUCAGUAUUCUGACUGUACACGAUUCUGGGGCUUCGAUCUGGUUGCCGCCUUAGGUGGCCUUUCGGUGAUGCUAGUUGUGGGCGAUACAUGGUGUGCCGUGACCGAUCCAUUGCGAUAUCAUUCACGUAUAUCAGGCCUAAAAUCUUGGGUAUUAAUCGUGGCUACAUGGUUUGUGAGCAUAUUGUUCUGCAUUGCAUCGGCAUUGCGGCGAGAUUGUCGUAUGAUAACAACGGAAAUCACAUCGACGCUACAGAAAAUCACAUCCAGUAGCUCUGAAUCGGAUGUGCCCUCACCAACAUCAUCAUCAUCAUCGUCAUCAUUGUCGUCGACGAGCAUGGUUGGUGAUUCGCUCGGCUUUGAUGACAUCUACAAUCUAAUUUAUUCGUGUACAUUUUUUGUGGUAAUCAUUUUGCUGCCGAUUUGUCUGGUGUGUGCAAUGUACUGGAAGAUAUAUUCGGAGGCACGUCAAAAUGGAUUACGAAUGAGACAGAAUGGUUCGUCGCCACUUUUGCAAAGCGCAUUGAAUUUGGCUACCGCCUCCGCACAUUUGCCACCACCCACGCACCUUGAUCAUUCGUGCAGUGUGAUUGGCGAAGAAGAUUCGGACAAUGCGACUGAUAGUUUAGCUAGUAGCCGAUCGAAUGUAAUUCAAAUUACGCUGCGUCGUAAUUCGAUGGCCGCAACAACGAGUCCCGUUCAUCAUGUCAGCAUCAAAGACCCACAUUGCAGAACCGCCAUCACACCAACGCGACUACAUUCAUCGGUGCACAAAGUCAAUAGUCAACCUUCACCGAUUCAUCGUCGAUACUUGGAAAUUCCAAAAUUUAACGAAAUUCAAAACUAUCGCACGCAUAUUGAUGAGAGUAAAAAUCAAAUGACCGAACUGAAUGGACCCAUAGAUGCGUCAUCGGAUGAAUCGUCUUCGGGCGUUGAUAAACGUCGACACUUACUAUUCGAACAUCGCCUCGUUUACGAUCCAUUGACAGCGGAUGUGGCCAAUGAACUGCGGCAGGUGCAUUCAACACCGGAUCUACAGAAAUCCAUACAAACGGAGUUGUCACUGUUGGCGGCCAGUCAUCGCAAUGCCAAGCAUUCAAGUGAUAAAAAGAUCCAUAGCAGUGGCAGUAUUAAUAAGCAUGCAUGCACCGCCACACCAACACGUCGACCAUCGAUUUGUACGCCGCCAAAAGCACUUAGCUACAUGACAUCAAUACGGCAUCGUUUGUCAAAUGCAUCGUCGAUAUUCAAGUAUCGUGAAGAGUCGCGAGCAGCCCGCAUCAGUAUUUUAGUUGUAAUUAUGUUCCUAUUUUCAUACUUUCCGUACGGUUUGUUGGUGUUACUUCAGGGUCGUGCCACAUUCUUUGCCAAUUCAUCGUGUUUUGGCGUAUUAUUUUUGCUUAUUGCAAACAUUAGCUCACCAUUUAUAUUUGCUUAUCGAAAUCGACGUGUGCGCCGUGGUGUGUGCCGUCUAUUUGGCGUCGAUGCAAAAACAAAUGAACGAUUACAAAAACAACGAAUGAUCAUGCACGGUAAUUUGCGUGCGAAUAGUUGUCGUGAGCGUAAACGUAAAACCAAAGUCGUUCGAAUCAAUCGAAAUUCAACGAAAUCGGCUAGCUUUAGCAGUGGUUCCAUUGAUCAACCCAAGUACACACCAGUCCCAUUGAUCGAACCAAAUGAAACCACCGAAACGUCGAAUCAAAAGUACAACAAACCGAAAGAGAGCACUGUGUGCAUUGAUGGUGAAAAUGAAAAUGAUAGCACAAACGGCGUCGCUCCAAUGGAUGCAGAGUGUCGCAUCGAUAUGCCACAUACAAAUGUGGACGAUGAACAUGAAACAAAUGGAUGCGUCCCAUCGCAUGUCAUCAAUUUCAUUUCAAAUUGUACGAAUAAUAGUAGUAAUUGUAAACGAGACCAAAGUGAUUCAAUGGACGAUGCAGCUGUUGCCAAAUACGUUAAAGACAUUGUUAAUAAUAUAAAUUGUGCGAAUAAUGGUAAUAAAAAUGCGAACCAUCAACUAAAUCGUAUUCCAAUCCACUUAAAUCAUAAUAACAACAACAACAACAAUAAUAGUAUAAAUACUAGUUUGGGAAAAGUGGCAAAUGUAAAUAGCAAGACACGCGGAAAUAGUUGCAAUUUAGGCCCAACGACCGGUGCAAAUGUAAUUAAGCAAAAGAUCUCAUUGUUACGACGUGUGUGUAAGCACACGGCCAAAAAGCGCUCACCAACCAAUUGUGGCAGUCCAACAAGCCCAUGCACCGAUCAUCCAUUCUAUUUCGAUAGCAACCAUCCAACCAAACCGGUCAAUGUUUAAAUAAUUGAUACGUUAAGAAAUCACACAGAGAACACAUUUCCCACGAAACUACUCAACUAAUGUUUCUUUUUCUAAUUCGCGCUCUCUCUCUCUGUGUGUGUCUUCUUUUCAAUUUCGCGAAUUCAGUUUUUAUUGUUCUGACCCUGUUGUAUCAUUGAUAAGAUUAAUUCGCCCGCAAAGUUUUACAUUGUUUUUUAUCUUCAGGAAACCUGUAAACGAAUUCCCGUGUGUAAAUAAAAUGACUAACAGUCACUCAGUUGUAUGUGGCUGUCUGUAGUGAUACACAACUAAAACUGACUAAGUUGAUUGAAAUCAUGCAUUUUGUAAGGAGACAAUCACGUUUAGUUAUUCUUUCAGUCAGUCGACUAAUUUGGGACGUUUUGACUAAGAGUGAUUUGUGAUUAAAGUUAACUGCAGUUGCUUAUUUUGUUCGAGACAAUCACUUCUAGUCAGUCAAAUAGUCACUGAAUGUCCCAAAUUAAUCGACUGAGUUAGACAGUCAAAAAAUUUCCACAUGGGUUUGCAUAUGUUACAAACUAAUUGAACGAUUAAGAGCUCACACUAAAAAAGACACAUCCAAGAUAUGAAAGCGAUUGGAAAUUGCAAUAAAUCAAGCUAGUUUUAUAUCAUUCGGCCAUAAAAUGGUGAAAAAGGAAUGACUGAAAUGAAUUUCCGAGUUUUAGACAGAAGAAAAAAAACUUCGUAUUGUUUCAUUAACAUCUGUUUCGACGCAUGAAUUAGAAGACACAAAAUUUAGACUCAUUUUUGCGGCUAUAACGAAGAAAAAUCUAUCAAAACAACAAAGUUCACAGUGGUGAAUGACUUGGCGAAAAAAAAGUACCGCUGAGGAUUAAAUAGAAAUUAUCUUCAUCACAGUGUUAGAAGUCAAUAAGUAGCAAGAGUAUAUAUUUUGUUGAACCUCCGUUGGUCCAUUGCCAUUACAUUUUUUAUCCGUCGACAGCAUACACACAAAAACAGCAGACGGCGAAUUGUUUUUUUUUUCUAUUCAGCUCUCUUCCACUGUUCCCAUGUCGUUCAAGUCAAACACAAUAAAAUGGCAAAUUGUGGGAGAGAAUGAGAAAAAACCACGCCAACACAAAUCAAAUCAACCGGUCAAACCUGUCUACUUUAUUAAUGAUUCGAUAUGUUAUUUUUCUAGUAACAUUUUUACUGUUCAAGUAUUAGAUGCUAAAAUGUUUAGCGAUUGUGUUCAUUUCUUUCUCACGAUAUGUUUGAGUACAUGAACCGUGGUGGCUGCCAUUUUUGGUCGUGGUGGUGUGAGAUAUCGCUGAUUGACAAAGUGACAAGGAAAUACAUAAUUUUUGACUUUGGCCAUUUGUUUAUGCCAAAUACAAGACAUUUAAAUUCAUAAAUUUCUUCUGCCAGUGAUUGGCUUUUAAAAAGUUUGACAAUUUUUUUUUUAAAAUUAGAUUAAUGAAAGACAAAGUAAUUGAAGCGAACUCUGAACGGUCUGUCUCCGCAUGACUUAUAUUCCGUGUGCGUCAUUUUUGAUGUUCGUACAACUAAAUUGUAAGUGAUAGCGUGCAUCGCCAGACAAUCGAACGCCAGCAGGCAUAAAGCCAAAAUCUUUCAAUUUUUUUUCCUUCAGAAAAAAAAAAUGACAGAGAGAUAAAGAAUAAUACCCAAAGACUUUAAGUCUUUAAUAUUUUUAAUUGGGCUCAGUACAUCGUGAGCAAUUCAAUGGUUUCAAGUGGAAAAUACGAGCUUCGUAAAUAGAAAAUCAGACCUUGAACACGUAGAAAUUUUAAUGUAGUCAUACAAGAAGACAACAACAAAAAUAGGAUCAUACACUAGUUAAAUGCCAGUAAAUUCAAUGUUUUUCCCUCUCUUUCUCUCUCUAAAUAUAAAUGUACGCUUUAUCAAAUGUUAAGCUUUACAGGAGAUCAGACAGUCAAUAUCAAAUACAAUUCAAGCUCAUUAAAUGGAAUUUUCAGAUUUUAAUCAUAUUUAAACAUAUUAUGUAAUAAAUAUAUUUUUCGACAACAUUACACUCACACAAACAAAAUACAUGAACAAAAUAUAUCAACGUACAAAAAAUAGAGAUAAAAUCAUACACAUUCAGUGGAUAUUAUCGUCUACAGAAAUUUUUAAUCUAAUUGAAGAGAGAAACAGAACAUAAUCGAUAUUCUACAUAUUUAUGGAACAGAUGGAAUUAAAUGCUAAUACCAUAGAAUGCCUAAAAAUGAUUGUGAUAAACGGAAGAGAAAGCCAGAUAAAAACAAAAUGAAGAAAAUUAUCGAAAAAAAGAAAAUAAUUUAUAUAUAAUAUAUUAAAAAAUAACAAAUCUUUUAGGAUCUAUCAUUGUUGGAAAAUUACAAAAUGUUUAGCUAAAAAUAAAUGUUGCACAAGAAAUGAAUAACAUUUAAAAUGAAUAUUUUAAAAAAUGGCAAACAAAACCAAGGGAGAAAAAAAAACUAUAUGGAAACAAAUUCGAGUGCAGGUAAUACACAAGUGAUUUCAAAACGAGGUUAGAACAUUUUAUGCACAGAAAACAGUUUUCUGAAAACUACAAAAAACACACACAAAUCGAUUGACUUAUUGUUAAGCAUAUAAAUACAUUGAAAAAACAAAAUAAUGUUCUAGAUCAGAAGAUGGUUUCUUUUGAUUUGCAUCUAUUUAAUUUACAGAGUAGUUUUAUGCUCAACACAUACUUUAAAUUCAUUCUAAUAUGGUUUUUUUUUAUUAUUAUUUCAUUUAAUGUAAAAAACAAGUUGACUUACGAUAAUUUAUAUUUUAUGAUUUAAGAAAUUCGAAAUUAUGCUAAGAAAAGAAUUAUUUAUUUUUGUUUAUUUCAUACGAUUUUGAUUUAUUUAAUUGAAAUUCAAUACAAAUGAAAAUAUUGCACAAAAA